GCAGAGCGGCACGUGACCCGGGCUCCGGGCCGGCAUCACGUGACAGGGCCCGGAAGCGGCUGUCCGGGCGGCUGGAAAGGAUGGCCGGGGGUCGCCUUUGAGGCUGCGCGGGGUGGGCUGAGCCGGAGCCGGAGCCGGGCCGGGCCGGCCGAGCGCUACCAUGUCCACGCAGCGCCUUCGGAACGAAGAUUACCAUGACUACAGCUCCACCGACGUGAGUCCUGAGGACAGCCCGUCCGAAGGCCUGAGCAACUUUGCCCCCGGCUCCUAUCAGCGCUUCGGGGAUAACAACAAUACAACAUGGUUCCAGACCUUGAUCCACCUGCUGAAAGGCAACAUUGGCACCGGGCUCCUGGGGCUGCCUCUGGCCGUGAAAAACGCAGGCCUCUUGAUGGGUCCCCUCAGCCUGCUGGUGAUCGGCAUCGUGGCUGUACACUGCAUGGGCAUCCUGGUGAAGUGCGCUCACCACUUCUGCCGCAGACUGAACAAACCCUUUGUGGACUACGGGGACACGGUGAUGCACGGACUAGAAAGCAGCUCCAGCGGCUGGCUCCGGAGCCACGCCCACUGGGGACGGCUUGUCGUGGACUUCUUCCUCAUCGUCACUCAGCUGGGAUUCUGCUCUGUCUACUUUGUGUUUCUGGCUGACAACUUUAAACAGGUGAUAGAGGCGGCUAACGGGACCACCAACAACUGCCACAACAACGAGACGGUGGUCCUCAUGCCCACCAUGGACUCGCGCCUCUACAUGCUGGCCUUCCUGCCCUUCCUGGUGCUGCUGGUUUUCAUCCGGAACCUGCGCGUCCUUUCCAUCUUCUCCCUGCUGGCCAACAUCAGCAUGCUGGUCAGCCUGGUCAUGAUCUACCAGCUAGUCAUCCAGCCCUUGGUUCAUGUGUUUCAGAGGAUCCCGGACCCCAGGCACCUCCCCCUGGUGGCACCAUGGAAGACCUACCCUCUGUUCUUUGGCACGGCUAUUUUUGCAUUUGAAGGCAUCGGAAUGGUUCUGCCCCUUGAAAACAGAAUGAAGAACCCACGUCAGUUCCCAGUCAUCCUCUAUGUGGGAAUGGCCAUCGUCACUGCUGUCUACAUCAGCCUGGGGUGCCUGGGGUACCUGCAAUUCGGAGCCAGUGUCCAGGGCAGCAUCACGCUCAACCUGCCUAACUGCUGGUUGUACCAGUCGGUGAAGCUGCUCUACUCCAUAGGCAUCUUCUUCACGUAUGCGCUCCAGUUCUACGUCCCAGCUGAGAUCAUCAUCCCGUUCUUUGUGUCCCGGGCACCUGAGCACUGCGAGCUGUUGGUGGACCUGUGCGUGCGAACUGCGAUGGUUUGCCUGACAUGUGUGUUGGCCACCCUCAUCCCCCGCCUGGACCUGGUCAUCUCCCUGGUGGGCUCCGUGAGCAGCAGUGCCCUGGCCCUCAUCAUCCCGCCCCUGCUGGAGAUCAUCACCUUCUACUCGGAAGGCAUGAGCCCCCUCACCAUCCUCAAGGACGCCCUCAUCAGCAUCCUGGGCUUCAUGGGCUUUGUGGUGGGGACCUACGAGGCCCUUGCUGAGCUGAUCCAGCCGAGGAGCAGUCACAUCACCACCCACUCCCCCAGUGCCUUCAUAUAGGAAUCUGGGUGUACCCCUACCCCGUCCAGCCUGUCUCCAGAGCCUCUGGUCUAGCCUCUGGAGAAAGGCAGGGUCACUGUCUGAGCACUGCUCCACCUGACACUGGCCCCAGGGUAACCUGAGCUAUAUGAGGCUGAGGUCUGGGAAAAAAGGGGUAGCAGACACUUGAGGUACAACUCGUGACGGGUGCUGUUGCCGCACAUUUGAACCUAGAACUUUUCACCACCGGCUCUCAUCCCUCCUCCUCCCUCAGCACUGGCCUCCCUCUUCAGACCCACCUUACCUAAAUUAUUCCUGUCGCACAGCUCACUUUAUUUAAAAACAUUCAUAUCCCACGCCUCACGGUUUUUUCCUUUCCUAGGUCAGGCCUGGAUUAAAUAAGUGGAAACUUCUCUUUUACAAAACCGGGCCUCUUCCUCAUCCAGCUUCCAAAUACCCUACUUCUCUCUUCUACCCAAGCCAUGUCUUGGAGACCUAGGAGUUUACAGCCUGCCCCACUCGCCCAAGAUUUUCAUCGACUGUCUCUGGCUUGGGUGAAGCCCAGGCCACCUCUCCCCUCAAUUCCUCUGUGCAGGUCACAAUAACAUCCUCUUGAUGCCGUUAGUUUUUCAAAGAAAAUGACAUGCUGCCUGGAUAGAAGAUAUUUAUAAUUUAUUUAGGCCUAGGCUUGGUUAUGGACUCUGACUUCAGACCUGGCAUGGUGACUUAGUUCCCCUCAGUAUUGGCACCCCACUUCUGCUGUAGAGAAAACUGUCCAGGGAAUGGUGGUGUCAGCCCUGUGCCCCCUUGAUCGAUGACUCAGACGUCGGUUUUGUUUUUGUUUCUGAGACAGGGUCUCACGUAGCCAAGGCUGGCUUUGGACUUGCUGUAUAGCCAAGGAUGACCUUGAACUCCUGAUGUUCUAGCCGCCACUUCCCAAGUGCAGGGAUUGCCAGCAUGCACCACCAAGCCUGGCUGGCUUGGAGUUCUUAAGCAAGAGUCUGUAAACGUAUACCUCCACGGGAGAUCUGAAUGUGGGCUCCCGUUCAUGCGAUUGAAUCCUCAUGGGACUUGGGAGGUACUUGCCAGUAUGCUGGGUAGGGAUGGGGUGGCCAGGUGUCACAGCUUUCUGUUGAGGAAGACUCAUGUUUACUUCUCAGAAAGUCAUCCAUUAUAGGUAAGGAACCAGACUGGCAUUCAGGGCCUGAUUUCCCCUUCAUAGACACUAUGCACAAGAUCACUCGUUUACAGUUGCUGGGGAGAGGACAAAGACUGUUCCCUGCCCCCAAAUGCCUGUUUCCUGGGCCUCAGAGGAACCGCUGAACACUAACUGUGGCCUGUGUCUGUCAUGUAGUGCAUCUCCGAGCAUCUCAGAGUCCCGGGUCACAUUCAGAUUGAGAGGCAAACUUCAGAGGUAGCUGAGAAAGAUCCCCUGGCCUGUUGUUGUUCACCUGUUGGUGUGAGGAUCUGUGAAGGGCAUUGGCUGGCUCCCCAUCUCUCAGUUGAGUGGGUGUGCGUGCACGUGCGUGUGUGUGACAGGAUUUUGUGUCUUCACUCUGGUCACUGGGCUCUCACUCACCUAGAGGUCGGACUUACCUUGAACCUUGGUUUAUGUAGAAGAGAAUGCAUUUGAAGUUGGGAGGGCCUUGACGCUGAAGCCCUUUCCUGCUGUUCAGAGACAGCUGAGUCACUUCAGAUGACGGGAUGAGAAGGGUGGCCUCUCAGUGUAGCCACUGGCCUGAACAGUGUGGGCACGAGGACGCGCUGCUUGCCCACAGGAUGGCGGCGCCUCUCAUCCCUCUGCUCACUGGCAUCUCUAAUAGGUGCCUCUGUGGCCAGGUGCAGUUUGCAGGCUCAGACACUGGCCUGCCAUUCCAGGCUCAGGUACCAGCCUGGCUUUAGUGAGAAGUCGCAAGCCGAUGGAAGGGGCCAGGCUUGCGUUCCACCACGGCAUCCUGCACUGAAGCUCCUGUGGAGAGGUGGUCCUGCCGGGUAGCUUCUAAGGCUGAGACCCAAUGCAGAAGACAAGUUGUGUCUUCAGGGCCCCUGGCCCUGAGGGCGUGGUGCAGAGCCUUCCGUAGCAUUAGGCUGUGGCAGUUGCCUGCACCCUUUUUGACCUCUUGCCUGUUCUCCUGAGGCAUGGGCAGUUGGUAGUGUGACUCUUUCAGGAAAGUCCGUGCCUUUUUGGUUGGACACUAGGCAGCUGUUAAGCUUGGAGUCAGGUUGGAGGAUGAAGCCCAUCCCCUGCAGUACACGGCUCUGGGGCAAGCUCAGCCUCUCUUCUGCAGCCCCCAGGAGCCCCGAGUCAGAGCCCUCUUGGCAUCCCCUAUGCCAGUUGGUACCAAGCUCUCCCAUGUCUUGCUAUGCGCUGACUGGCCCCUUGCUGAUGACAGAUAAAUAGAAGUCAGAUUAGAGCAAUAACCAAGAAUGAGGCUGCGUCCAGAUGCCCCAAGAGCAGACAUGCUGCCCUGUCCCUGUCGGUCCCUCCAUUUCAGCCCCGGAUUCCCAGGAACCCAGAGGUGGUGCCCAAGAGCCACUUACAGGCUCUGUGCUCGGAGGCUGUUGCUGGAUGUGGGUCCCAGCUACUAAGGGGUAACCUCUUGGCAUCAACUGGGAAGAGUGUGGCCCAUCUGUGCUGUCCUCUCUGCCACCCAUCAGUGGCAUCAUUUAUUUAUAUUGUGCCUAUCCGGGCCAGAGAGGUGUGGCCUGGAGCGUGGGUUAGUUAGUCCCAGGCAUGGGCAGGUGUUUGCUGGCCUGCCAUCAGGAAGUUGAGAGUUUCAGUGUGAUCUGUAGCCUGAGGUGGAUCAAACCUUUGGAGAAUCCUGCCCUGUCUUGUCCUGCUCUUUUCGCCUCUCAGAUCCUCCCCUUCUGCAGUGUCAUUUUUUCACACUACAGCUUUGCAUCUGUGGGAAGUGCAGAGCUCAGAUCAGAUCAUGUUUACAUCACUAUAUUUCCUUCACACAACAAGGACCCUGGACCUGGGGUUUGCUCCCUUCCCUGAGUAACUGGCUUACUGGGAUGGGAACCAGACAGAGUGGCAGGCCAUGGCUAUCAGGAGGGCAGUGCCAAGUCUGUCUCCGAAUUUAAUUUUCCAAAGUACAUUACAAAUCACAGAGACCAUUCGGGGAAAAGCAAGCGACCUGAUCUGUCUCUUAAACUGAGGUCAGUACUUUAAGGCUCCUGGCCCCCUGCUUGUACCAGCUCCAGCCUGGUGGGGCUCUUUGCUUUUCUGUGGAUCCUGAGUCAUUCCCUGGCCAGAAACAUAGAUGGUGCUUAGAGGUCGUUAUUGGAGAAAAGUAAAAAAUGAGGCUGGAAGGUGCUGGGUGUUUGUCCUGAUCUUUGGUUUGAAUCGAGGUGACGCUAGGCAGCAGUUUCUUUCAGUGAACAGUAAAAAUCCAGUCAGUAUCGUAAACUCCGUCAGUGGACGGACAAAUAUGUGGAACAAGAAGACUUAGCACACGGCAAAUCUUGAGAACUAGACUGUGCCAGCUGCCAUGUGUCUGCACAGCUGUGCAUUCCAGGGUGGUGUGCAAAGAUUGGGGCGUACCAGAGCUUGGAGAUCUCCUUUGGGGUUGCUCACAUGGGUCUUGUGUUAAAUUUCUCCACUUCAAUAAAUGAAUUUUAUUUUUUAUUUUUGA